GAUUGUGCAUUUUCGCUUGUUCUUAGCCACCUGGAUUUCCAGCUGGAUGUUGCUGUGAUUCAGUCGGAAAUACAAUUGGCAGACGCACUGCACUCUUACAGCAUAGAGAACCACAAUGGAGAGCUAGACUAUUUGAGCUCCAGAAGGACCAACACCAGAUAAAUUAUGAAUGUUGAACAAGAUGACCUUACAUCCACAGCAGAUAAUGAUAGGUCCUAGGUUUAACAGGGCCUUAUUUGACCCCCUGCUUGUGGUGCUGCUGGCUCUUCAACUUCUCGUGGUGGCUGGUCUGGUGCGGGCUCAAACCUGCCCCUCAGUCUGCUCCUGCAGCAACCAGUUCAGCAAGGUGAUUUGUGUUCGGAAAAACCUACGUGAGGUUCCGGAUGGCAUUUCCACCAACACUCGGCUGCUGAACCUCCAUGAGAACCAAAUCCAGAUCAUCAAAGUGAACAGCUUCAAGCACUUGAGGCACCUAGAAAUCCUACAGUUGAGUAGGAAUCACAUUAGAACCAUUGAAAUUGGGGCCUUCAAUGGUCUGGCGAACCUCAACACUCUGGAACUCUUUGACAAUCGUCUUACUACCAUCCCUAAUGGAGCUUUUGUAUAUUUGUCUAAACUGAAGGAGCUCUGGUUGAGAAACAACCCCAUCGAAAGCAUCCCUUCUUAUGCUUUUAACAGAAUCCCUUCUUUGCGCCGGCUAGACUUAGGCGAAUUGAAAAGGCUUUCAUACAUCUCAGAAGGUGCCUUUGAAGGUCUGUCCAACUUGAGGUAUUUGAACCUGGCCAUGUGCAACCUCCGGGAAAUCCCUAACCUCACACCGCUCAUAAAACUAGAUGAGCUAGACCUUUCUGGGAAUCAUUUGUCUGCUAUCAGGCCGGGCUCUUUCCAGGGGUUGAUGCACCUUCAAAAACUGUGGAUGAUACAGUCCCAGAUUCAAGUGAUUGAACGGAAUGCCUUUGAUAACCUUCAGUCACUGGUGGAAAUCAACCUGGCGCACAACAAUCUAACGUUACUGCCUCAUGACCUCUUCACACCCUUGCAUCAUCUAGAGCGGAUUCACUUACAUCACAACCCUUGGAAUUGUAACUGUGACAUACUGUGGCUCAGCUGGUGGAUAAAAGACAUGGCCCCCUCCAACACAGCUUGUUGUGCCCGAUGUAACACUCCUCCCAAUCUGAAAGGGAGGUACAUUGGGGAGCUCGACCAGAAUUAUUUCACAUGUUAUGCUCCUGUGAUUGUGGAGCCCCCAGCAGACCUCAAUGUCACUGAAGGCAUGGCAGCUGAGCUAAAAUGCCGGGCCUCCACAUCCCUGACCUCCGUAUCUUGGAUCACUCCAAAUGGAACAGUUAUGACACACGGGGCGUACAAAGUGAGGAUAGCUGUGCUCAGCGAUGGCACGUUAAAUUUCACAAAUGUAACUGUGCAAGAUACAGGCAUGUACACAUGUAUGGUGAGCAAUUCUGUUGGAAAUACCACUGCUUCAGCCACCCUGAAUGUUACUGCAGCAACCACCACUCCUUUUACUUACUUUUCAACUGUCACAGUAGAGACUAUGGAACCUUCUCAGGAUGAGGCGCGGACCACAGACAACAAUGUAGGUCCCACUCCAGCGAUUGACUGGGAAACCACCAAUGUGACCACCUCUCUCAUGCCACAGAGCACAAGGUCAACAGAAAAAGCAUUCACCAUCCCAGUGACUGAUCUGAACAGUGGGAUCCCAGGAAUUGAUGAGGUCAUGAAGACUACCAAAAUCAUCAUUGGCUGUUUUGUGGCCAUCACACUCAUGGCUGCAGUGAUGCUGGUCAUUUUCUACAAGAUGAGGAAGCAGCACCAUAGGCAAAACCAUCACGCCCCCACAAGGACUGUUGAAAUCAUUAAUGUGGAUGAUGAGAUUACAGGAGACACUCCCAUGGAAAGCCACCUGCCCAUGCCUGCUAUCGAGCAUGAGCACCUAAAUCACUAUAACUCUUACAAAUCUCCCUUCAACCACACAACAACGGUUAACACAAUAAAUUCAAUACACAGUUCAGUGCAUGAACCGUUAUUGAUCCGAAUGAACUCGAAAGACAAUGUACAAGAGACUCAGAUCUAAAACAUUUACGGCUACAGAAAACAAAC